CCUUUACACUCCAGCACACCGCAGCAAGCCAUGGUUCCAAACAAAGACGAGGAUUCCAUUCCUCAUGCAGACCAUUUGACCGUCUUUUUCGCCUCGCAAACUGGAAACGCAGAAUCAAUCUCACGCAACAUCUAUGAGCAGGCACAGGAGCGAGGAUUCAAAGCAGCUCACUAUGUACUCAAUGAUUUUGCAAAAGUUGACUGGGACAAAGAAGAGUGCCUUGUUUUUGUUGUAUCAACGACUGGCGACGGCGACCCACCUGACAAUUCAACAAAGUUUUGGCGUCAUCUUCGUAAGCUCAAGGGCGUCGGACUCACUAAAGCCAAAUAUGCUGUGUUGGGUCUAGGUGAUACCAACUAUGACAACUUCUGUCAAACUGCAAAGCGGCUUGAUACUCGCUUACAGGAACUUGGAGCAACUCCUUUUUACGCUCGAGGAUUGGCGGAUGACGCUACAGGACUUGAAGAAACGGUUGAUCCGUGGAUUAAGAAUCUCUGGCCAGCCCUCGCCCAUCAGGUGAUCUGCACGCCAGCUGUCCAUGACCUUCCUCAGCCUCACCUUACCCCGGAAGAGGAGAAGAUUGUUAAAAGCCUUAUAGGAAAAGGAACCGAUCCAGGCCAGCUACCUCCAUCGACUUCACUAAAGACUUCAUCUGAACUUGAGUUGAACCUUAAUGAAAAAGCAGACAUUAACACCUUGUCCUCUGGGAUGAGUACCCUUUCUGUAUCGGUACCCGCUAAAGAGAAGGAUUCUAUGGCACCCUUUGCGAAAUACAGGAUUGUAGUAGACUUUUCGAGCAUGAGCAAUCAUAGUAGUCUCACUGGUUUACCCCGAGUUCCUAACGCCAACUUGAAGAUCACAGAGGGUGAUAGUACUACUGCAUCAGGAAGUAAGGCGACGAGUAGGCCAAUCCCUUCAUUUAUUCAGACACCAACCCCGCUGAUUAAUGCAAAGAUUAAUAGCGUUCAAUGCCUGACAGCAACUGAUGCAUUAAAGCGUACUUUAUCAGUUGAAUUUGGGUUCGAGGACGAUGUCGAUUAUUCCCCAGGUGAUGCCUUUGGCAUCUGGGCGCCCAAUAACGAGUCGUUGGUCCGAGGUGUGCUUGAAGCUCUCGCAGUUGAUGAGCAUGAUCAGAAUAAAAAUAUCAAGUUUGAAGGCGAAGGGAUCCCAUCUCAUUUGCAACCCGUCAAGUCGGCAAGCCUGCUUGAAGUUUUCCGGUACUCAGUAGAUUUGACUUCAGUGCCCAAGAAAGCCAAUAUUCGUCUCUACGCUGAUCAUGCUACAGAUAUGACUGAAAAGCAACAGCUGAUGUUCCUGGCUUCCAAACAAGGCUCAGAUCAAUUCAAUGCCUUCCGAGCCCAGACACCAACAUUCCUAGACAUCCUUCACACUUUCCCAUCCAUCAAAAUCCCGGUGGCCCGAGUAAUCGAGACAUUGCCGCCACUGCAACCUAGAUAUUACUCUAUAACAAGCUCACCUCUAGCUAAGAAUGGACAUCGUCGUUGGUCGUGUGCAUUCAAUGUAGUGACAUACAUUCUUCCUGAAGGCGUCAAUCGCCGCGGUGUUUGCACUCCGUGGUUGGAUGAGCUGGCUGGUUUGGUGCCAUUUGGAAAAGCCAUUUCAGAAGGACUUGAAAAAACCGUCAUUCCAAUAUUUUUGAAACCAAAUGAGACGAAAUUUAACUUGCCAACAGACACCACACGACCGAUUAUCAUGAUUGGACCUGGCACUGGUGUAGCGCCGUUCAUGGGCUUUUUGGAACACCGUUCCGAACAGCGAAAAAUAAAAAAACGGCUGAUGAACAUUGGGCCACGGUCGCAGCAACAGCUUGAUGAUCUUUUUGGGGAAAUGUGGCUAUUCUUUGGAUGCAGGCACCGAGAAAAAGACUGGCUUUUCAAGGAACAGAUGGAGACUUACAAAGAAGAAGGUAUUUUGACAGAGCUCCAUGUCGCCGUUAGUCGAGAGGAAAAUAUACCCAACAGCGGUAAAUACGUGCAAGACUUGAUCAAAAAGGAGAGUAAGAGACUUUGGGACCUUUUAGACAAAAAAGGAGCAUUGAUAUAUGUUUGCGGAGAUGCCAAGGGCAUGGCCAAAGGAGUUCAUGACGAGCUAAUCGACAUACUAGUUACGAAUGGAGGUUUCGAGAAAACAGCAGCAAUGUUAGAGCUGAACAAAUGGGCCCAAGAGAAGCGCUAUUUGAGAGACUUGUGGGCAUAGUACAUUAAAAGGCGAAGCGCAGCCAAAGGCAUUCAAAACAUUUAGAUAAAGUUAGCAAAUGUAUACAUGAUAAAAAAGUAGAUAAUGAAUGAUUUUUUCUGCAUUAAUGGAC